AUGCCCGGGGAUGAGGGACACAAUGACCCUCUCAGUGGUCAAAAUGGCCCAGAGGAGCUCGAAGCCCAGUCCCUAAUGUCUCCGUCCAACGAGGAGCCUGACGACCUCAUAGUCCACCAUGGUGCCACUUCGCCCCUAGGGUCUGCGCCUAACACAAGACCUCACCUGAAGCGCCAUUCUUCAAUAUCACAGCCAGCGCCCGAUGGACAACGGCGCACACCGCGUACAUUGAACCGAGUUCGAUUCGACCUGGACGAGGAAUCCGAGGUGGGAAGCCACCAAGAGAAUGAAGAGGUACACGAAGAGAACGGACGCGCCCACAGCCCCGACGACGCCCUAUGGUUAGACGAGGAGGAUUACGAGCUUGGAGACCGAGGAACACCUGGGAUGCGACACGGAGGACAAUCUGUGCCUCUUCUGACCGAUAUCGAGGCACCGAGUGUAACCCUUGCUACCUCGGAUGACUUCUUUCCCGAGGACCACCUGGAGAACGCGCGUCCACGGAGCGGAAUGAAGAUGGCAUUCAUGAAUAUGGCAAACAGCAUUAUCGGGGCAGGAAUCAUUGGCCAGCCUUACGCUCUCCGCCAAGCAGGCAUGACAACUGGAAUCCUCCUAUUAGCGGCAUUGACACUCACGGUGGACUGGACCAUUCGCCUGAUCGUGAUCAACUCCAAGUUGAGUGGAGCGGACUCAUUCCAAGCUACUAUGCAGUAUUGCUUUGGGAAGAGCGGACUUGUUGCAAUCUCAAUUGCGCAAUGGGCCUUUGCUUUCGGUGGCAUGGUUGCCUUUUGUAUCAUUGUCGGCGAUACCAUUCCGCAUGUCAUGGGCGCCUUGUUCCCAUCGCUGCGUGAAAUGUCAUUCCUGUGGCUACUGACCGAUCGAAGAGCGGUGAUUGUCCUGUUUGUACUGUGCAUCUCAUAUCCAUUGUCUCUGUACAGGGACAUUGCCAAGCUGGCUAAAGCAUCUGCUCUGGCUUUUGUCAGUAUGAUAAUCAUUGUGGUCACUGUCAUAACACAAGGCUUUCGUGUCCCAGCGGAAUCACGGGGCGAAAUUAAGAGUCAUCUGAUUGUCAACUCAGGAUUCUUCCAGGCAGUUGGUGUCAUAUCUUUUGCAUUUGUUUGCCACCACAAUAGUCUUCUGAUCUACGGAUCCUUAAAGAGACCCACACUCGACCGGUUUGCUACCGUCACUCAUUAUUCGACAGGAGUGUCUUUGGUCAUGUGCCUCGCCAUGGGCAUAGCGGGAUUCCUCUCCUUCGGUUCGAAGACGCAGGGCAACGUAUUGAAUAACUUUCCAUCUGACAACAUCUUGGUCAAUAUUGCUCGAUUUUGCUUUGGAUUGAAUAUGUUGACUACUUUGCCCCUGGAGGCUUUCGUCUGCCGAUCUGUUAUGACGACCUACUACUUCCCGGACGAGCCAUUCAACCCCCAUCGACACUUGAUUUUCACCACUGCCUUGGUCGUGACAUCUAUGAUCCUGGCACUGAUAACGUGCGAUCUCGGCAGUGUCUUUGAAUUGAUUGGAGCGACUAGUGCGGCCUGUCUGGCGUACAUUUUCCCUCCCCUCUGCUACAUCAAACUCAGCAGCGCUAGCCGCCGGGAAAAAAUCCCUGCCUAUCUUUGUGUUGCCUUUGGACUUAUUGUCAUGGGUGUGAGUGUGGUACAAGCUGGUGCCAAACUCAUUCGGAAUGACGGCGAAGGCCAUUCUUGUGCAGCUUCCUAG